CCCGGCUGGCGGGGCGGGCCGCGCCGGGCCGGGCAGAAAGAGGAGGGAAGAGGGACGCUCCGCACUCGGCGGCUGCCUGCUCCUUCGGCACUCCGCGCUGGGCCCCGUCGCCGUGGAGCAUAGCUCUCUCUACAGUUGUAACCGUCAGCAGCCCCCAUACCCUUCUUAACACUCCUAGGUAGCAUUUAAGUACCAGAAGGAUCGUUUGAGAAGGAGGCAGAAAACAAAACUUUAAAGCCAUUAUAUACACGACUCUGGAAAGCACUGAGGAACUGACCUUUAGCAAUGUGAAUGAUAAGGAGACAAAGCAUGCUGAAACCAUAUGGCAGCUUGAGUAACUCACAUUAAAAGUCUUGGUAAAGAACAGCUGAAUAAAUGCAUGCUGAGUUUUGGACCUCUGCCUGUGGAGCUGGCCAGUCAUUCCUCUCAUCAGCUAGCGGUGCUGUUCCCUUGAGCUUCUGAUGUUUAUGGAGGAUAGCAUUGUGUUUAAAAUGGAAGUUGACAUAAAUGGAGAGUCCAGAACUACCCUAUCUACCCUCCCUGUGCCUCUUGCAGAGGUGAGUCCUGUGGGCAGGAUGGAAGCAGAGAAGCCCCGCUGUUCCAGUACCCCCUGCUCACCAAUGCGACGGACAGUUGCAGGAUAUCAGAUCCUUCACAUGGAUUCUAACUACCUGGUUGGAUUCACAACUGGAGAAGAGCUGCUAAAAUUAGCCCAGAAGUGUACAGGAAGUGAAGAGAAUAAGGGGGAAUCUGGGCCGAAUUUGCGUUCCAAACAGCUCGAUUCAGGACGUUCUUCCCGUUUGUACAAAACUAGAAGUAGGUACUAUCAGCCAUAUGAGAUCCCAGCAGUAAAUGGAAGGAGGAGGAGACGGAUGCCCAGCUCAGGGGAUAAAUGCACUAAGGCCUUACCGUAUGAACCUUACAAGGCACUUCAUGGUCCCCUGCCUCUCUGCCUUUUAAAAGGUAAAAGGGCUCAUUCAAAAUCCCUGGACUACCUCAAUUUAGACAAAAUGAGCAUUAAGGAACCUGCUGACACAGAAGUGCUACAAUACCAGCUCCAACAUCUUACACUUAGGGGGGACCGUAUGUUUACAAGAAAUAACACAUGAGCCAUCGUCUCGAAUCUAGAACCAAUUUCUGAUUAUUUCUCUUGUUGCUGCAAAAAUCCACUGUUGUACGGAGUACAAGACUGUCCACAUUGUAGGUGGCUUUAUCAGCUAAAUGUUAUCAGAAAGUAAUUUAUUUGAAUAGGACCAUGGCAAUGUGUUACACAUACUUGGAGGGACAAAUAUGUCCUUUGCAAGCAGCUUCUGAUGCAAAUUUGCCGCUGGUGGAUAUUUCUUUGGACACCUUUCAACAAAAAAAAGCUUUUCAUUUUUUUUGCUUUGGGAUAUUUUUUUUUGUACAGUUAGAUCUAGUAUUUACAGUAAUUUAACACAAAAGUUGGUGAUGUCUGCUUGGUUGUUGCUAAUUUUGGCUUGAUGUUAGAAACUGAUCUGCAAUAAGUACUCAAGUUUAAGAGUUUAAGAGGCUUUUUGGGUUUACUUUUUUUUGUCCCUAUAUUCUACAGUAAAAUGUAUGGUUUGUUUUAUUUUGUUUUUUUUACACCAUAGAGAGGAAAGUGAGCUUGUCUAAAUUGGAUCACUUGCUAGUUAAACAGUUCAGUUCAAACACUUGCAAACUGCGCUUGCACUGAUGAUGAGGCUGAGAUUCACUCAUAAAACAAACCUUUGCUACUUAAAUGCUAUUAUUUUUUUAAUUUCUGCAUGGAAGUAAUUGUUUUGCCUCUUCUGUUCUAUAAAACUUGUUCAGGAUAAGUAUUUGAGUUAUGAGAAACGAGUCUUUUUGGGAGUAAAGAUUUUUGUUAGUGGGAUUUAUGUUUUACAUUGUCUCAACACACAAACAAGGAUUCACUUCAGAUUCCAGUAAAUAUACUGGAAUAUCUGCAUUGGUAUGUCAGUAACAUUUUUUUAUUUUAAUUUACAAUUUCUGUAUCAUCUAUAGUAAUGGAAGGUGUCAUAUAACUUCAGUGUUCCUUUGGAAAUUCAGUUCAUUUGAAGCACUGAACACUUGUGAUCAGAAAGGCUGAUUUUUUUUUUUUUGGUGAUGGAGUACAAGUGAAGUAUUUGUGUAUCAGCAUUGAAGAAAUGAACCUGGAUUAUUCAACAGACUAAACUGAAGACACUGGCUUACUUUGUUACUUAAGGAUUUGUUAUCCAAACAUGACAUCGAGUGCAGUUUUGGCAGCUGUAUUCCUAGAUGUAUUUAAAACAUUGUAGUAACUUAAGGUUUGAAAAUGAAAAAGUGUUUAGAUUUUUUUAAGGUGCAACUUGGUUUAGGCCAAUGACCUCUGCAGAAGUUAAAAAAUAAGAUCGCAUUGUUUUGAAUCAUAAAUUAUUUGAUCAGUUGUUUCUUGUAGAAUUAAGAUUUUUUUUGUUUAUAAUUUAGAAUGAAUAGAAAGCACUAGUUAGUGCAUGCGCUGUGGAAAAAGAAGAGUUCUCAUUCUGUCACUUACGCCACAGUUGUACAUGAAGGCAACCCAGUAGUCUGCAUUUUGCUGGCUUGGUUAUCCUUUAAGUUUAUUAGUCUUUGCAACAAAUUGGUGUGUAUUUUUAAAAGUUAACUACACCUGUGUAAAUUUAAUGUAUUGAACAAUGAUCUUGAAAGUAAAAUCUUCCUAUAUAGUCUUUAGUUUGAAAAACAGAAUAUAGUCAGAUGCCAAAGAGGUGGAGGGGUUGUUUAAAGAAUAAACACCACCGUUUAUUGAAACACUCUAUGAAACUGUAUUUCUGGCUGAAAAAUAAAAAGGGUGGUAUGAACA